UUGCCUCUAGUGGUAAUUCUCUACCGUGACACUUAACAGCUGGCCCGUGUCAUCAACUUUUACAUAUUAAUAUUUAAGAAAAACCUACAUUAAUCAAUCAAAACUACGUGAUAAAUCAUCACACAGCAAGUGUACUAAAUGCAAAGUACGACCAGUCUUAAAACUCAUAAAUCGAGCGGAGUUUUGUGCGUGUUUAAUGAAGCACAAAAUGGACUUACAUGCAGGAAUAAACAGUGACAUCAUUUUAUAACAUCACAGCAAUUGAUAUGAAGAACAAAGCUAAUUGAUAAGAAAAAGUGAUUUUAAAGUAUUAAUAAAUUAAGUGAGAAGAUGUUUAUCAAGGAUCCCUGCGGCGUCGUGUGCAUUUUGAUCACGUACGCUGCAAUUCUCUAUGCAGAUUAUGUGGUUAUCAAGUGGAUUAUUCUGCAAGCACUUGCAGAUAGUUUAUGGGCGCCAGUGAACGCUAUAAUGUUCAAUUUGGUGGUGUUUAUGGUACUGAUGGCACACAGCAAGGCAGUUUUCUGUGAUCCAGGCACUGUGCCACUGCCAACAAUAAGGAUAGACUUUAGUGAUGCUCACAGUACUGAUAGUCAUAGCAACAUUAAUGUAGACUGGACAAUCUGUACAAGAUGUGAAACUUACCGGCCACCGCGCGCACACCACUGUCGCAUCUGCCGACGGUGCAUCCGCCGCAUGGACCACCAUUGCCCCUGGAUCAACAAUUGCGUUGGCGAGCGCAACCAGAAGUACUUCAUUCAGUUCCUCCUCUGGGUCGGCGCGCUCUCCGGCUACGCGAUCUCACUAAUCGUCAUGACCUACGUCACAGAGUGCGUCAAAUGUGACGAGGACAUCGAGAUCAAACAGCGGAGAAUCAUGCACUCAGUGAUUCUCCUGCUGGAAAGUUCCCUUUUUGGCCUGUUCGUGACGGCGAUCCUCGUCGAUCAACUGCAGGCCAUCAUGAGUGACGAAACCGCCGUGGAACAAGUGCAAAAAGCGGGCCCAUACCGGCCGCACAAACCGAAGAUGACGCUGUUGAGCGAAGUAUGCGGCCGGCAGCAUCCGUUCAUGUGGCUGCUGCCUUGUACUUCUGUACCGCGCAAGUUGGAUUCACCGCUGGUCGAUUAUCACGUGUAAACGGACGAAUUUGUUCAAUGUUUAAUCGUUGCAGAAGUAUCAAACCAGUGACUUAAGUUCAUCUGUCCUACACGCGACUUAAAUGAUGAGUAUGCGCUGCAUCGAAUUCCACUGACUUACCACUUACGAACACACAAAUUGUUUAACUUUUUGAAUACUUUGAUAUCUUUAGAGCGAAUGUUAUAAUUUAUAGUCUUUUAUGAAGCGAAUGAAAAUACACACAUUUCACUAGUCACAUGUGAGGGCGUAGACGACGCAGGAAUUUGGGAGUCUAUUAUAUCUAUAUACGAUGUGAUGCAUGCGAGAUUGGUUAUCGUCACAUCUCUUUAUGUUUAUUAAACAAGUUAUUUUCUUAACUUUUUUCUAACAA